UUCGCCUGGCUCGAACCAAGGCUCGCAAGCGGCAAUACAGUUCUUCAUCAAACUGUGCAAAAACUCUCAUUAUGCAUUUGCCUGCGGUGUUGCAGGGUUAAAUCUUUAUCAUUGCUAGAGAAUAUGCACAUAGCUGCAACGUGCACGCGUGAGAAAAGAGGAUACCCAGCCUGCAGCCGCUGCAAGGAAGAGAGAGGGGACUCAGCCGUGCUUUCAUCAUUAUAAUCAGCAUCCUAAGUGCUCGCUCUUAACAUUUUGUUUUUCGCUGUUCGGGCGAGAAGUGACAAGACUAUAGACCCCUCCUCUGCAGGGCGGAGCGUGCAUUUUCAUUUCGGUAUUUUGUAUUUUUUUUAUUUUUUUUUUUAUUUUUUCCCCCUUCCUACCCCUGUACCCUGCUCUGACACGUCUGCACUGAGUGAGUGGCAUUGGCACACUGUCAAUCGCUCACUAGCGCUGCCAUCAAACAACAUAAAACACACACAGGCAGAGGCUGGAGCUCAUAAAUUUCAGCAGGGCAAGAUAUUUUUUUGCGCAUCGCUUUUUAUACAGCGCGCUAUCCUAAUUAAUUUUGUCUCGCUGUUGUUUUUUUCUUUUUUCUUCCUCUCUGUCUUUCGCAACAACAAAAAAAAAUCAACUUUUUCUACAUUUCAUAUUUUUUAUAACAACAUUUGGACACCUCGUUCUGCAGACUGUGUAUGGUAAUAAAUACAGGAAACAUUCUGCAGAUUUCUUUUUUUGAAUUACUACUACUAUUAUUAUUUGUUUACUAAUUUCCACGUUGGAUAAUUUUCACCAAGGAGGAUUUUUUUUUGGACAAUUUUUAAAAAAAGAGGAAAUACGCCGGGAAUUGUGGUGAAGAGACCACCAAGGACCGCUUCUUGUCUGCGCUGCCGGUGUUAAAUCGCAGAGAGAGAGAGAAAAAAAGACAGAUCGGUGUGAGGAUUUGGAGCGGAGGAAAUGAUGGAGCGUCAAUUUUGACGAAGUUUUAAGAAGAAGAUUUUUUUUCCUCUUAUUUUUUCCCGCAAAACAAUUUUUACGCGUUUUUGGCACACUUUGGACCGCGCGUAAAACAACCCAUCAAGAGGACUACUUCUAAAAUAUAUAUAUAUAUAUAUAUAUAUAUAUAUAUACCUGCUUGUAGUUAUAAUUUAAGAGACACGCGUGUUUAUUUCUCUGAGCAAUCCCACCGCUUUUCUAUCUAUCCAGUCUCUACGGCACAUGCUCUAACCCAUUUCGUAUAUGAGUUUUUCAAUUUGUGUGGCUCAGUGCACAGACUCUUUAGCUGCUACCAUGGACGAUCAAGCCCGGAUCAUGCAGUCCAUCGGCGGCGUCAGUCUGGCCGGCCACUCGGUGCAGGGAGGGAUGCCGCUGCCGCCUCCACACGGGCACGACGGGACGGACGGGGACGGCAGAAAACAAGACAUCGGUGACAUUCUGCAUCAGAUCAUGACCAUAACCGAUCAGAGUCUCGACGAGGCGCAAGCAAAAAACAGGAAACAUGGACUGAACUGUCACAGAAUGAAACCAGCACUCUUCAGCGUUCUGUGUGAAAUCAAAGAAAAGACAGGUCUCAGCAUCCGGGGUGCCCAAGAGGAGGACCCUCCAGACCCCCAGCUUAUGCGUUUAGAUAACAUGUUGCUGGCAGAGGGAGUGGCGGGACCGGAGAAAGGUGGCGGCUCAGCUGCAGCCGCGGCUGCAGCCGCUGCCUCGGGCGGGGCGGCCGACAACUCUAUCGAACAUUCUGACUACAGAGCCAAACUCACACAGAUCAGACAGAUCUACCACACAGAGCUAGAGAAAUAUGAGCAGGCAUGUAACGAGUUCACUACCCAUGUGAUGAACCUGCUGAGGGAACAAUCCCGCACGCGGCCCAUUUCGCCCAAAGAGAUCGAGCGCAUGGUGGGAAUAAUCCACCGCAAGUUCAGCUCCAUCCAGAUGCAGCUGAAGCAGAGCACCUGUGAGGCUGUCAUGAUCCUGCGCUCCAGAUUCCUUGAUGCCAGGCGAAAAAGGAGAAACUUCAGCAAGCAGGCAACAGAAAUUUUGAACGAAUAUUUCUACUCGCACCUCAGCAACCCGUACCCGAGCGAGGAGGCUAAAGAGGAGCUGGCCAAGAAGUGCAGCAUCACCGUUUCCCAGGGGGUGGGAAGCACCAUCACAGUAUCACAGGUAUCCAACUGGUUCGGCAACAAAAGGAUCCGAUACAAGAAAAACAUCGGCAAGUUUCAGGAAGAGGCCAACCUGUAUGCCGCCAAGACUGCUGUGAAUGCGGCGCACGCUGCAGCCGCUGCAGUGCAGAACAGCCAGGCCAACUCCCCCACCACUCCCAACUCUGGAUUCCAGAUGAAAGAUGAAGAGUUUCAGCUGGAUUCUGCAGAGAGCAAAAACACUCUUUUAAGCAACAUGUUUACUGGUUCUUCAGGUUCUUUUAGCCUCCCAAACACUGGGGACAUGUUCUUGAGCAUGCAGAGUCUGAAUGGGGAUUCUUACCAAGGGGCACAAGUCGGAGCCAAUGUACAGUCACAGGUGGAUACCCUGCGCCAUGUUAUCAGUCAGACGGCAGGAUACAAUGAUGCUCUGGCAGGAAACACCAUGUAUAGUCCACAUGGCCUAAAUGCUAAUGGAGGAUGGCAAGUUGCAAGGACUCCAUCUUCUGUUAUCUCUCCCACAGAAGGACCUGGAAGUGUGCACUCGGACACCUCAAACUGAAAAAAGCAUCUUCCCCUGCAGCGCAGCAUGGACUUCUUCAUUUCUCAAACACUGAGGAGGAAUAAAAAAAAACAACUUUCCUUAAGAUUUCCCGCUGGCCACAGUGCACACAUGCAAAAUGGCAUCCUCCAUUAUGGACACCAAGUGUUUCCUGAUCGCUUAUUGUUUUUUUUUUUUUCAUGAAGUAACUGUUAUCACCAUGCUUUUUACUCCUUUUUUUAUUUAGUGGUAAACUCACUGACCUACAAAUGUUCAGGAUAAACAUCUCCGGCUCUGCUCAAAAUGAACCAGAUGACAUUUUAUGACAUUUUAAACGCCCCGUUUGUUCGAUUCCCUGUUGGAUUGCCGCUCUGCAUUUUAAUAAUUGAGCUUUCUCUUUCGUUUCUUUCAAUUAAUGCAGCUGUUUCUUUGGUUCUAAUGUGCUUGCCGCCUUGUCCGGCGACUCAACAAUGCCUAGGCUGACAGCUUGGCGGCAGCUUCACAGUUACUUUUCAAGAUAAAUUUUUUUGUCUUACAACUGUGCAUAUGAGUGCAAGAAAAUGACUAUUCAAACUGUGGAACAUAAAGAAGCUUAAUUGAUUACUUGACUAAAACAUGACACGGUUCCAUAUUUUAUAAUUUGACGUUUUUUUGUACAUAUGUAAACAUUUCUUUUGUACUGCUUAUGGAACCAACAAAGCGCCCCCUCAGUAGAUCAUCCUGACAGGGCGAACAGGAGCCCGCCCCGUUAUGCUGGAAAAGUUGUACAUAAUAUAGUUUAAGAGUAAUUAAACAUCCAACCAAUCAAUACACCACUUUCUUACCUCAUUCAUAGAAACCAAUCAUUUGCAACAUUUCAGUAGCUUAGAGUGCUCACUUACUACCUCUAAACAAUAUCACCACCAUACCUACUUUCUUUAGUUUCUGGUCCUUUUUUAAUGGUUUCAUUUUUCUUAUUUUAAUUACAUCUCACAACAGUGUAAACUCUUAAUUUGCUAUGUAAUCUAAUGUAUAUUUUAAUCUUUUAAUAAAAUGGUGUUGCUGUACUGCAACUUAAAAUAAAAACAAAAAAUAGAAAUAAUAUUAACACAAUGGGGUUAAAAAGACGGGGAUCUUGGGAAGAAAUUGUUGGUUAAUGGCUUUUAUUGAGGGGGGGGG